AUGGCCCAUCGACAAACUGCUAGAUACCCCGACCUCAAGGGACAAGUUGCCCUUGUCAUUGGAGCAGGUCAAUCAGGGGAUAUCAAAAGCAGUUUCUGGGGAAAUGGGGCGGCCAUCGCGAAGGUCUUGAGUGAGUCAGGUGCCAAAGUCAUCGCCUGCGAUAUGAACUUGGAAUCAGCUCAGCAAACAUCUGCUCGAGUCAAAGGAGAUGGGGGAAUCUGUGAGGCCAUCCAAGUCGAUGCCACGAGCCAGACCGAUAUUAGGCGAAUUGUGAAUCAAGUGAUGGAAAAGUUCGGCCGAAUCGACAUUCUUGUCAACAACGUCGGCGGAACAAAGACUGGAGACCCGGGGACUAUGUCAGAACAGGCCUGGGAUGCGCAGAUUCGUCUGAAUUUGAAAACCACCUUCUUGAGCUGCAAUGCUAUACUGCCCAUUAUGGAGAAGCAGGGAUCUGGCUCUAUUAUUAACAACGCAUCUAUCGCCGGGAUGCGAUACCUGGGUAAGCCCCAAGUGGCCUAUGCAUCCGCCAAGGCGGCGGUCAUCCACCUUUCGAAAAUAACUGGCAUUAUGUAUGCUGGCAAGGGUAUCAGAGUGAACUCUAUUUCGCCGGGUAUGGUUUACACACCGCUGCUGGAAAUGCUAGGCAAUAGCGAUUCUGCAGAGGAUCGCGAAAUCCACAAGAAGAUCACCGAGCAUAAUGUGCCCCAAGGCAGUAUGGGAGAUGCAUUCGAUGUAGCUAAUUGUGUGGCGUUCCUCGCGAGCGGCGCAUCAAGAUACAUUACGGGUCAGAAUUUGGUAGUGGACGGUGGACUCACAGGGUCUACGGGAACUGGGUGGUCUUCUCAGCUGCGAUCAUCUAAGCUUUAG